AUGAUCAAAAAGAUUAAGAACACUCGGUUUCUAUGCGGCAUAUCUUGCAUUACCCGGGUGCAGUUUGUGAUGAAACAGCCGUUAUUUUUAGUACUAAGGCAUUUUUUUUUAAGUUUGCUUACCAGUAGACGUGCGCACAAAUUUCCGGGUCGUACAGAAAGUGGGGAGCUGGUGGAGUUUACGAGGCUUCCAAUGGGGUAUAACUUUAGCUCGGAAAUAUUGCAUACUAACGCGAGAGCUCGGCUGGAGCCUCAGAAAUCGCAAAACCGAGACAUAUACCACUGCGUCAGUUACCGAUGCGCGUUUGGAUAG